CCGUCGCUUCAAAUCCUCAACAGAUCACGCCCUCACCUGUAUAAAGUCUCCUCAAAAACCCAAUCCACCACUCGUCCGAUCACUUUUCUCUCUCAAAUCGUCUCUCUCUCUCUCUCUCUCUCUCUCUCUCUCUCUCUCACUCAGUCUCAGUCUCAGUUACAUCUCUCCAGAAUGGCGAAACAACCAGUCCGCGUCCUCGUCACCGGCGCCGCAGGACAAAUUGGAUAUGCUCUUGUUCCUAUGAUUGCUAGGGGAGUGAUGUUGGGUCCAGACCAGCCCGUGAUUCUUCACAUGCUUGAUAUUGCACCUGCUGCUGAGGCACUGAAUGGAGUGAAAAUGGAGUUAGUGGAUGCUGCAUUUCCUCUUCUUAAAGGUGUUGUUGCUACAACUGAUGUUGUUGAGGCAUGCACUGAGGUCAAUAUUGCAGUCAUGGUUGGUGGUUUCCCUAGGAAGGAAGGCAUGGAAAGAAAAGAUGUUAUGUCAAAGAAUGUUGCCAUUUACAAAUCUCAAGCUUCUGCUCUGGAGAAGCAUGCUGCUGCAAACUGCAAGGUUUUGGUUGUUGCUAACCCUGCCAACACCAAUGCACUGAUCCUGAAGGAAUUUGCACCCUCAAUUCCUGAGAAAAACAUUUCUUGCUUGACAAGGUUGGACCAUAACAGGGCCCUUGGUCAAAUCUCAGAGAGAUUGAAUGUUCCUGUAUCUGACGUCAAAAACGUUAUCAUUUGGGGAAAUCAUUCAUCAAGUCAGUAUCCCGAUGUCAACCAUGCAAGUGUCAAGACACCUGCUGGAGUGAAGCCUGUACGUGAGCUUGUUGCCAACGACGAAUGGUUGCAUGGAGAGUUCAUAACCACCGUCCAACAGCGCGGUGCGGCUAUUAUCAAGGCUAGAAAGCUCUCCAGUGCAUUGUCUGCUGCUAGCUCUGCUUGUGACCACAUACGUGAUUGGGUCCUUGGAACUCCAGAGGGGACUUGGGUUUCCAUGGGUGUGUAUUCUGAUGGCUCUUACAAUGUGCCAGCUGGCCUAAUCUAUUCUUUCCCUGUUACUUGUCGCAGUGGAGAAUGGACAAUUGUUCAAGGUCUUCCAAUUGAUGAGCUCUCAAGGAAAAAGUUGGACUUGACGGCUGAGGAGCUCACUGAGGAAAAGGAGUUGGCAUACUCUUGCCUUUCUUGAAUUCCCUCCUCACCUUUGAAUUGAGUAGGUCUCAUGUUUUGUGUGUUUUUGGAAGUAGCUACAAUUUUGAAUAAUUCCAUUGUCGGAUUCUUGAGUCGACGUGUAAUGAUGGAGAACUGCUUCUACAAUCUCUUGUGCAUUUCGGAUUUAUAUUUGGAUACUUGCAAUUUGACUCCUCUUAUGGAGGAGCAUAGAGAAUUGAUGGUAGAUCAAACAUGGAGUAAUUGAUAAAGGGCACUUUUUGCCCUAAUUUGGUUCA